UUAGAAUCGAACUCUCCCCUUUCCCUCCAUCACGAUCUUGGCUGCGCUUCUCAUACUCACAUUUUGCACUUAGAAAAGAGAAAAUGCCAUCUUCUCUUUCUCUCCCUAUUGGACCCCCUCUUAUCUGCAAGUCUCGACACUCCUCCAGGGAUCGCACUCAUGCCUGCAUCCCAAAAUGCAUCAACCAAGAGAGUCUGCAUUCGCAACCUGCAAUCUCAGAACUGAAACUGAGCAAGAGAAAGCUUCUGUUAUUCACCAGUGCUCUGGGAUUGUGCAGGCCUGCAAGAGCAGAACCGGAAAGCCCAGAUGCUUCCACUUCGAACAGAUUGACAUACUCGAGGUUCUUGAAGUACUUGGACGAAGGUAACGUGAAGAAGGUGGACCUGUUUGAGGAUGGCACUGUGGCGAUCGCCGAGAUAUACAAUCCGAGCUUGGAUAAAAUUCAGAGAGUGAAGGUUCAGUUACCGGCCAGGCCGCCCGUGGAGUUACUGAGAAAAAUGGAAGACAGAAACGUAGACUUGGCUGCUCAUCCCGUGCAACUGAAUUGGUGGCCGGCACUGCUUGAUUUCUUUGCCAACUUUGGGUUUCCGUUGAUACUGCUCGCAUCUCUCUUCUUCAGGACAUCAACUAAUAAUCCCGCAGGAGGCCCCAACUUGCCCUUUGGUCUUUCAAGGAGCAAAGCAAAAUUUGAGAUGGAACCAAAUACCGGGGUAACAUUUGAUGAUGUGGCUGGAGUUGAUGAAGCGAAACAAGAUUUUCAAGAGAUCGUUGAGUUUCUGAAAACCCCAGAAAAGUUUUCUGCGGUUGGUGCAAAGAUUCCAAAAGGGGUUCUCCUGGUUGGACCACCCGGAACAGGGAAGACAUUGUUGGCCAAGGCCAUUGCUGGUGAAGCCGGAGUUCCCUUCUUCUCUGUGUCAGGUUCGGAGUUUAUUGAGAUGUUUGUGGGGAUCGGGGCUUCCCGGGUCAGAGAUUUGUUCAACAAGGCGAAAGCCAAUUCACCUUGUUUGAUAUUCAUUGAUGAGAUUGAUGCUGUGGGAAGGCAGAGAGGGACAGGCAUUGGAGGAGGCAACGAUGAAAGAGAACAAACACUUAACCAGUUGCUCACUGAAAUGGAUGGUUUUACUGGAAACACUGGAGUCAUAGUUAUCGCUGCGACCAACCGGCCUGAAAUUCUCGAUUCUGCAUUGCUUAGACCUGGCAGGUUUGAUCGGCAGGUGAGCGUUGGAUUGCCUGAUGUAAGAGGCAGAGAAGAGAUAUUGAAAGUUCACAGCAGUAACAAGAAGCUAGACAAGGAUGUGAGUCUUAGUGUGAUUGCGAUGCGUACUCCUGGGUUCAGUGGUGCAGACCUAGCAAACCUGAUGAACGAAGCUGCCAUACUUGCCGGCAGGAGGGGCAAGCAGAAGAUCAGCAUGAAAGAGAUUGAUGACUCUAUAGACCGUAUUGUGGCUGGCAUGGAAGGAACCAAGAUGACUGAUGGCAAGAACAAGAUUCUCGUGGCUUACCAUGAAGUUGGCCACGCUGUCUGUGCGACAUUGACACAAGGCCAUGACCCAGUACAAAAGGUGACUCUGGUUCCGAGAGGUCAAGCCAGAGGAUUAACAUGGUUCUUGCCAGGUGAAGACCCAGCUCUUAUCUCUAAGCAACAAUUGUUCGCGAGAAUAGUUUCAGGCCUAGCAGGAAGAGCAGCAGAGGAAGUCAUAUUUGGUGAAUCAGAAGUAACCACUGGUGCCGCUGGGGAUUUGCAACAAAUCACUCAAAUAGCAAGACAGAUGGUUACAACGUAUGGGAUGUCGGACAUAGGACCAUGGACUUUGAUUGAUCCUUCAGUACGAAAUGGUGAUGUUGUGCUGAGGAUGAUGGCAAGGAACUCAAUGUCUGAGAAAUUAGCAGAGGACAUCGAUCAAUGUGUGAAGCAAAUAAUAGAGACAGCAUAUGAGAUUGCUAAGCAUCAUAUAAGGAAUAACCGUGAGGCUAUUGAUAAGUUAGUUGAUGUGCUGAUGGAGAAGGAGACUCUUACGGGUGAUGAAUUCAGAGCUAUCUUGUCUGAAUUUACGAGUCUCCCUUCUGUUCACAUAGAUAGAACCCCUGUCCGCCAAAUGAUUGAAGCUUAAAUGUGAGUAUAUAACUUGCCUACAAUGUACAGUCACCAGUAUAUAUAUGUAUAUAGAUAUAGAUAUAGAGUUCAAAGUUUAUAUACUCUGUAUGCCUGUGUAUUGUAGCUUGAUGGUAGGAUUGAUCAGUUUGGUAGAGACGCAAGAGUUUUGAAGCUCAUCAUGAUGUAACAGUAGACUCUAUUCGGAGGAAAAUGAGUGAAUCAUCGUGAAGCUUACCUAAAAAGUAUUUUAAAAUAUACUCCUCAAAUGCUUAA